UCCGUCGGCGUCUUCCGUUCCGUAUUAAAAUAUUUUGAACGCACGCGUGAUCCAGUAGAAAGGGGACAGCAGACUGCGCGAAGAGGGGAGGAAGUCGCGAGGUCGUUCGGAUUCUCCUUCUCACCGCGCCUCCUCCGUUGCCGUGUCCCUGGACCUAGAGAUUCCUGUUGAUCUGUUCCAAGAAGUGAAUUGGCUGUUUGUUCAAGUGUGCCUUCUCACAUCCGCAUAAGAUGCACUUCCUUGCAUCAUUUCACAUAUAUGCAGGUGUCAAGUUGUUCUGGUAUACUAUCAAAUGGACUGCAAGAAGUUCUUGCAAUUCGUUGAAGAGAAGAAGAAGAGAAUUCUGGAUAAGAAAGAGGCCCCCUUGAAAUGGGAGCAGAAACUUGAAGCUGCUGCUAAGGCAAAGGCUGAUGCAGAAGCAAGAGAGUCGAAAUUAAAGGCUUCAACAAAGCACAAAAGAAGAUCCUACUCUGAAUCAGACAGUGACAAUGAUUCUGACAGCAGUUAUUCUGAUAGGAAGCAUAGAAAAAGGAGAGUUCAAAAGAAACACAGGAAACAUGGCGGCAAGCCUGACUCAGAAGAUGUUGGUAGAAGGAAACACAGAUCCAACAAAAGGAGCUCGAGCUCCAGUGAUGAAGAUAGCAGUGAGGAUGAUUCACACAGGAAGAGGCACACUCACAGGAAGAAGCAUAGUAGAUCGCCCACAGUGGACUCCAACAGCUCAAGCAGUGAAGGUGAUGAAAAGAGAUCUAACAGGAAAAGUCAUUCUAAGCGCCACAAACACCAUCAUCUGUCAGGUGAUGAGGAUUCUAGUUCAGACGCUGAAAUAAGGAAACAAAGCUCCAGCCACAGGCGACAGCACAGGCCAAGCUCAGAAGUAUUGUCUAAUUAUGAUGCUAACAAACACAAUAAUUCUUCCCUGCACAAAUUGCCAGAAGGAGAGCCUGAGACCGGGAAGCCAUGGGAUACCAAGAAGUCUCAUCAUAAGCAUGGGCAUCACCAUCACCACCAUCAUAAACACAACAAACAUGGUCAUGAUCAUAAUCAUGAUCCAGUGGAGGCAUACAUGGUUACUGGGACAAAGGGAGCUUGCAAGUUGGAUUGUUAAGCAUUGAUGAAACAUCCUGCUGAACUUGACUGUGCAUGACAGCAUUUAUCUAAACUAUUCCCAUGCUAAAUUACUAAUUGCUUGAAUUAUUGGACUAUUUAUGGCCUUCGAU